AUGAGCUCACAUCAAGUCUUCUUUCAUAUUCAGGACCCCACCUUAUGCGAUAACAUUUUAUCCAAUAUUAUGUCGCUCGAGGUUAUGAUCCCAAGCUUAGUAACCUUUCAUAGCAAUAUGAGAUACUUCUCCAUCGGCACGCGUGUUUUACAGAACUUCAUCGCCGACAGUAGCCGAUUCGAAACGACGUUUCAGAGUCUAUUUCGGCAAUGGGCGUAUGACCCUGUGUUUGAGGUUUCAGAAGGCAACUUUGCCUUGAUGGACUUAACAACCGUGGAUCUAGCAUAUAUUCAGCUGUUUCUCUUCGUAUUGCGGCACUUCCCACUGCUGUCGGAAGAUCGGCCCGUACAAGAUAAACAAGGCGAAUAUGCUCGAGCGGGUGUGGAUUCCAAUUGUGUAGAUCAACUAUAUUACCGCGCUCUGCGCUUAGAGUUUCGGACUCUUAAGGCACGGAGCCACACAUUUCAUGAUCUCGAGUGUAACGAGUUAAAUCACCUGCCGCUUGAUCUAGAAGUCAGAUGCAUCGAUAUUAUUUGGAGCAUCACGCUCCAAACGCUGAAUAUACACUUCUACGCGCUGCCUUUUCAAGUGUACUUCGUGGUCAAUGCCAUAUGCAUGAGCGAGAAAGAUAUGGAGCCUGUGGCGGCUCCGGUAUCUGCCCAUAUUUUUGUGGUUGAUCUGUAA